AUGUCAUCAUCAUCAUUCACCCAAACUAGAUCACAGGCAUUGAAUCUAGAAAAACAAACGGAAACUUUAUUAUCGAAAUAUUCCGAAUUCCAAAAUGAACAAUCAAAUAUAAUAGAUAAAUCAAAUGAUGAAUCAAGUUUAGAAUCUCAAAUAUCAUCGAUAUUAGAGAAGAGAGAAACUUUAUUAUCGAAAUUGAAUCGAAUUAGUGAUUCGAUGGAUAAUUUAUCCACGUCAAAAUUACAACAAUUAACUCGUCAUAAAGAAAUCUUAAAUGAUCAUAAAUCAUCCUAUUUAAAAAUCAAAUCAAACAUAAAUGAUGAAAGAAAUAGAAAUAAUCUUUUAUUCUCUAUAAGAUCAGAUAUAAAUGCCCAUCAUCAAAGUGAAAAUGAAUCAUCAUCUGCUGCUCAAAAUCAAGAAAUAAAUGCCAAUGAUUAUAUUCUCGAUGAAAGAUCAAGAGUUGAUAAUGCCAAUUCUUUCGCCGAUAGAUUAUUACAACAAGCUUUCCAAACUAGAGAUGAAUUAUAUCAACAACGUCAAUAUUUGGAAAAUGCUCAACUGAGAAUGCUUUCAAUCUUACUGAGUAUACCAGGGAUAAAUGUAUUAAUAUCUCAAAUUAAUACGAGAAGAAAGAGAGAUACUUUGAUUUUAGCAGGUGUGAUAUCAGUCUGUAUAUUGUUGUUGUUCUUCGUGUGA